AUGCCGUCAUUCAAUCCAUUCUCGACCGUCACAGGCAAGCAUGCCGCUUCGCUUUUUGAAAUCAGACUAGACAAUGAUUUCAUCGUAUUUCGCGGAGGAGAGGACGAGUCUGCCGGUCAGAUCCUCAAGGGCGUCGUGGUGCUCUGCUUGCCUACGCCGCUCAAGAUCGAAGAUGUCCACCUGCGAUUGACUGGCACCCACAGAUUAACGUGGGAUUACUCCAAAACCGCCGCUUCUGGCGUCUCCAGCCAAAAAGUCGACAAGACCACCACACUGCUCCAACACCGCUGGGCUCCGUUUGUCGGUGGCACUGGUGGCAAGAACACCAUCUUGCCGGCCGGCAACUAUGAGUGGCCCUUUGAGUACACCCUGCCUGGCAACACCGCCGAGAGCGUUGAAGGCAUCCCCGAAGCGAGCAUCACCUACAAGCUGAAGGCUACCGUCGCCCGCGGCAAGCUCGCCUACGAUCUGCACGCUUACAAGGCGUUGCGCAUCAUCCGCACCCUCGAACCCGCCGCCCUCGAGUUCCUCCACGCCAUGAGCGUCGAGAACAUCUGGCCGAAUAAGGUCGACUACUCCAUUAUCAUCCCGCAAAAGGCUGUCGUCUUUGGUGCCACAGUACCAUUACAGAUGCGAUUUACACCUCUUCUCAAGGGACUCGAAAUGGGAGAGAUUUCAGUCAAAAUGUUGGAAAUUCGCGAGUGCACACUACAGGGUCCCACGGGCAACGUUUUCAAGGAACACCGGACAGAAAGAGAAGUAUCCAACUGGAAAUUCGACGUCGAACGCGACGAGCACUGGCACGAUACGAUCGAAGACACUGGCCAAGAGGGGUGGAUGGUUGAGAAGAAGCUGAACCUUCCCAAGAGACUGCGACAGUGUGUCCAGGAUCUCAACCACAACGGUAUCAAGGUCCGACACAAACUCAAGCUUGUUGUUGCGCUGAAGAACCCCGACGGUCACAUUUCAGAGCUCCGAGCCACUCUCCCCGUCUCCAUCUUCAUCUCUCCGAACAUGCCCCUUGACGAGCAUGGAGUUCUCGUCGACCAAGCUCCUGGCGCGCCCGCCCAGGCCGAAGUCACCCGCAUCGCACCGCCCGGCUACGGCGAGCAUGUCCUCGAUCAACUCUAUGAAGACGUCGACAUGAGCGGCUUCCAGACCCCAGCUAUCCAGUCUGGCUUCAGCAGUCCCUUCUACGCCCAAUCUCGCGCCGGCUCAUCAGAGAACCUUGCUUCUCUCGCCAUGAUGAACGGCCAUGGUGUUGCUCCCGCAGCACUGUCGCAUCGCCUGCAAAACGUGUCUCUCGAUCCCACGAACCGCAACACCUCCUUCAACUCAUUGAACGCCAUCACGGAGGACGUCGCAGCCCCGACAUCUGUCCCCACGGGAGAGAACUCGCAAUCACAAUCGGCAGCUUUGACCCGCCACAACAGUGCCGAGGAACAUCCCAACUCGCACUCCUCAGGACGCAACUCGCCUGAGCACCUCGACUUCCCUGACAUGGCUACCUUGAGCAAGGUACCUAGUUACACAACGGCCGUCAAGACUCCCCUUCGGCGGGGCCCGAGCAGUGACGCGCUCCCCGACUACUUCUCUGCCAUGAGCGCCCCAAACACGCCUCCUGCGAGCGAGGCUCCUGUUGCAGACCCGCUUGGCAUGAUUCCUGAGCAUGAGGGUGGCGGCAGUGAGCCGACUACCCCAGGUGGUUCGCACCGCUCAUGGCAUCGCCCUCAGAGCAUGAGCAACCUGCUCCAGGCUGUGCAGGGCGGCGGCGAUGAUCGCCGAAUCCAUCUCAUUCAGGGACGGGAGAGAGUUUACUAA